AUGAGGCGCAUUGUGGGAAGUAGGUCGGAACAUUUGAAUGCUAUUGCUCAGGUAAUAGCUGAAAGCGAUGCGUGUGAUUUCAUCAACAGAGAGGCAGGUUUGUUGGUACCUAUCCAUUGCAUUCUCUUCGAUGGCUGGUCCUUCGAAUUUUUCAAGUUUGAAAGGAUGCCAGAUCCAACAUUUCUAUGUGGUCGCUUUCAAGGAGAUCCACCAGACUUCCGGCAUGGCAUGCAGCUACCCAUUUCAGAAACUUAUCUUCCUUUUAUUCUCCGGCUUCGCUGUGUGUGUGAGACAAUCUUUGACAUCAUGCUGAGUGCAUAUAUUGCAGGCAUGAAAGCAUAUUAUAAUCGAGAGGAAGACAAGGGGAGGAAGGAGGGUGGGAAGAGACUGAGUGAUGAAUGGGAUCAGGCCCUUUGUUUGGCUGAACAUGCUCAGGAAACAUUUAGGGAAGCUGAGGUCCAACGCAAGGAGGGUAAUAUUGUGUCUGCAAAUGCAAUUGUUGAUGCAGCUCUUCUUGCACUACAUGAGAGUACAGGAGCAUUGCCAACUAGAUACAAGUCCAAACCCAUCAUGAUGGGCUGGGAUGAUGCUGGGGUUGACAGGGCAUGA